AUGAUCCUGACUUUGGGGGACAUUGCCGAGAAACGAGUAGCAGAUUUAGGAUGUGGCCCUGGUGUGCUCAGUAUUGCAGCUGAGAUGCUGGGCGCUGACUAUGUGUGUGGGUUCGAGCUCGACGAAGACGUGAUAGAGAUUGCUCAGAGGAAUAUUGAUGAAAUGGAAUGUGAUCUGGAGAUUGUCCAGUGCGACGUGACAACGUUACGAGACUACGACAACAA